UCCAACUUUUCCGAGAGCAAUCUCGACACUUCAACUAAAAUGGAAAAUUAAGAGUCGUUUUUCCUUUUUUUGUGAAUCGAUACCUUUUGAUAUGAAAGUGAAACACCUAAGCAGAGCAACUACUAUUAUUAAAUGUGUGUUAGUUUUUAAUAAUUGUUAGGUUCGGAAGUGUGAUCAUUCUGUUAUUAAAUAUGAUGCUGGGACGGAAGCAGAGCAUCAAGGGGGAACCUGUUUUAGCAGACUAUGGACCAGAAGAAGCAUUCAAUGAAAAUGCGGACAUAGAAUGGGUUAACAAGCGAUGGGUUCGAAGAAUCAUGAGACUCUGUGCUCUAUUAAGUUUGGCAUCGGUAAGCUGCAACACACCGAAGACAUUUGAAAAACUGGCCCCCCUCCAAUACAUUACUUUUUUUAUCGAUGUGGUUGUCACAUUUCUCUUUACGGCAGAAAUGAUUGCGAAAAUGCAUAUUAGAGGAAUCUUAAAGGGAGAAGUACCUUACUUGAAAGACCAUUGGUGUCAAUUUGACGCAAGUAUGGUAUUCUUUCUUUGGAUAUCAGUAAUUCUUCAGAUAUUUGAAAUGAUGGGUAUCGUUCCACGAUUCAGUUACUUAUCAAUUCUUCGGGCUCCACGUCCAUUGAUUAUGAUACGAUUCUUGAGGGUUUUCCUUAAAUUCUCCAUGCCAAAAUCAAGAAUCAACCAAAUUUUCAAGCGAUCAAGUCAACAAAUUUAUAACGUGACCCUCUUCUUCUUGUUCUUCAUGUCCUUGUAUGGACUACUGGGAGUUCAAUUUUUUGGGGAACUUAAAAAUCAUUGCGUUCUAAAUACAACCGACCCUAGACAUAUCACCAUCAACAGUUUAGCAAUUCCUGAUACAUUCUGUUCUCUCAAUCCUGAUUCUGGAUAUCAAUGUCCGACAGGAAUGAAAUGUAUGAAACUGGAAUUGUCUCGAUAUAUAAUGGGAUUCAAUGGUUUCGAUGAAUUCGUGACCAGCGUUUUUACGGUUUACCAGGCGGCUUCCCAAGAAGGGUGGGUUUUUAUAAUGUACAGGGCCAUCGAUUCUCUGCCUGGAUGGAGGGCAGUACUUUAUUUUAGUACCAUGAUAUUCUUUCUGGCGUGGUUGGUAAAGAAUGUUUUCAUUGCUGUUAUCACAGAAACAUUUAACGAGAUCAGAGUGCAAUUCCAACAGAUGUGGGGAGUCAGGCAACAACUUCAGAACAGUACAGGUUCUCAGAUUCUGACAGGAGACGAUAGGGGUUGGAAACUGGUAACUCUCGACGAGAAUAAACACGGGGGCGGUGCUCCAGAAGUGUGUCACAAAAUUUUACGAUCACCCCAUUUCCGUCUACUGGUUAUGGCGAUAAUUUUAGCCAACGGAAUUGUGACUGCCACAAUGCAAUUUAAACAUGAUGAAAGGCCCAGAAGCGACUUCUACAUGAAAUAUUAUUACAUCGAAAUUGGAUUUACCGUUGUUCUCAAUUUAGAAACUGUCUUCAAAAUAUGGUGCCUCGGAUGGAGAGGUUAUUGGAAGCAUUCGAUACACAAAUUUGAACUCCUAUUGGCAAUCGGUACAACACUCCACGUACUACCAGGCUGUUAUAUGUCAGGAUUGACAUACUUUCAAGUUCUUCGAAUUGUAAGACUGAUCAAGGCAUCUCCAUUGUUGGAAGAUUUCGUUUACAAGAUAUUUGGUCCAGGAAAGAAGCUGGGAAGUCUGAUAAUAUUUACAAUGUGUUUACUGAUUAUAUCGUCGAGCAUAUCCAUGCAGCUUUUUUGCUUCCUUUGCGACUUUACCAAAUUCGAGAGCUUUACUGAAGCUUUUAUGUCCAUGUUCCAGAUUCUCACUCAAGAAGCUUGGGUCGAGGUAAUGGAUGAAACAAUGUUGAGGACUCCGUCCACGCUUGCACCACUCGUUGCAGUUUAUUUUAUAUUGUAUCAUCUUUUCGUCACUUUGAUUGUACUUAGCUUGUUCGUAGCGGUGAUAUUGGACAAUUUAGAGUUAGACGAGGAUAUUAAGAAGCUAAAGCAGCUAAAAUAUCGAGAACAAAGCGCUGAGAUAAAGGAGACAUUGCCGUUUAGACUACGAAUAUUUGAAAAAUUUCGGGACAGUCCUUUAAUGGUCACCCUCCAUAAAGUUCCAUCCGAUUUUAACGUUCCAAAGGUAAGGGAGAGUUUCAUGCGACAGUUUGUGGCAGAAACCGAAGAUGAUGAGAAUUCGGAAGUUAUUGUAAAACGGGUUAGUGAAGAUGUAUUUGAUACUAAAGUGAUCUACAGGAAACAGAAACCAAUACGGACGUUGAAUAAGUUACCCAAAAAUCGACUGAUAGAUUCCAAAUUUAAAAGAACAUCGGUAGCACAAAUAAUUCAUGAUUCCAACAAUCAACGUCUAACCCUGGGAGAUUCAUCGAUAAUUCCUGUACCAGGAAGCAAAGGGCCCCUAAAGCCCCAAGGAACAAUUAACAGUACAAAACAAUUUGGAUCGAGGUCUAUACGUAGAAGUGUCAGAAGUGGGUCAAUAAAACUGAAACAAACUUACGAACAUUUAAUGGAAAAUGGGGAUAUUGGGGUAAACAGAAUGAGCUCUGCAAGGGCCAGACCGCAUGAUCUAGACAUAAAAUUGUUACAAGCCAAGCGGCAACAAGCUGAAAUGAGAAGGAAUCAACGCGAAGAGGAUCUUCGAGAGAAUCAUCCCUUUUUCGACACGCCGUUGUUUGCUGUUCCACGAGAGAGCAAAUUCAGAAAAAUUUGUCAAUUGAUAGUCUAUGCCAGAUAUGAUGCUCGACUAAAAGACCCCAUAACGGGCAAAGAACGGAAAGUUAAAUACAAAAGCUUACAUAAUUUUCUGGGUCUAGUAACCUACUUAGAUUGGGUGAUGAUAACCAUGACAACCCUCUCGUGUUUAUCAAUGAUGUUUGAAACACCUUCAUAUAGAGUCAUGGAACACGUGUCGCUCCAGAUUGCCGAGUACGGUUUCGUAAUAUUCAUGAGCAUGGAAUUAGCUUUAAAAAUAUUGGCUGAUGGAUUGUUUUUCACACCAAAGGCGUACAUUAAAGAUGUUGCUUCAGUUUUGGAUGUUUUCAUUUACAUGGUGAGUUUGUUUUUCCUCUGUUGGAUGCCGAAGAAGGUUCCUGCAAACUCUGGCGCUCAACUCUUAAUGAUCUUGAGGUGUUUAAGACCUUUAAGGAUAUUCACUCUCGUUCCUCACAUGAGGAAAGUAGUCUAUGAAUUGUGCAGAGGCUUCAAAGAAAUUCUAUUGGUAUCAACUCUAUUGAUUCUAUUGAUAUUUGUGUUUGCAAGUUAUGGUGUUCAACUUUACGGUGGUAGGCUAGCUCGGUGUAACGAUCCUACUAUUCUGAAAAGGGAGGAUUGUGUUGGGGUUUUUAUGAGACGAGUCUUCGUAACAAAAAUGAAACUACUCCCUGGCGAAAACGAAUCUUAUCCGUCAAUGUUGGUACCACGUGUGUGGGCAAAUCCCCGGCGGUUUAAUUUUGAUAACAUUGGUGACGCUAUGCUGGCAUUGUUUGAGGUGUUAUCGUUUAAGGGCUGGUUAGACGUGAGAGACGUCCUUAUCAAAGCUUUAGGUCCAGUAAGUUAUUUAAAAUUAUAAUAUUGCUUAGCAUUCGGGACGACGCUGGUUCGAUUCCAGGUCCAUCCGUCUGCCUUGGUCCAGGUUUUUCUGUGGUGUGAUUUAAAAAAGAGAUUAAAAAUUGCACAACCACUUCAUUUACCUCCUAGACCUGACGGAAAAAAGUUCAGGGCUUUUAUAUACGAUAUUACUCAAAAUAUCAAAUUUAAAAGGUUCGUCGCCAUCAUGGUCCUGAUCAACAGUUCUCUCCUGAGUGUCACGUGGAAUAAAGAUGAGCCUUACACAGAUAUAUUAGCUACAGUUGGUAUUAUCUGUACGCUAGUUUUUCUGGUAGAAGUCAUAAUGAAGAACAUCGCUUUCACUCCAAGAGGUUAUCUCCAGUCCCGAAGGAACCGUUAUGAUCUCUUUGUAACUGUUUUGGGAGUCGUGUGGAUGGUCAUUCAUGUCACGUUUAAAAAUGAAUUGUCGUAUUUUAUCGGAUUUAUGGUUGUGAUUUUACGAUUCUUUACCAUCACUGGAAAACAUGCAACUUUAAAAAUGUUGAUGUUGACCGUUGGUGUGUCGGUCUGUAAAAGUUUCUUUAUUAUCUUCGGAAUGUUUCUUCUCGUAUUUUUCUAUGCUCUAGCCGGCACCAUCCUUUUUGGUACUGUCAAAUACGGAGAAGGAAUUGGAAGGAGAGCAAAUUUUGAAUCUCCUGUAACAGGGGUAGCCAUGUUGUUCCGAAUUGUUACGGGGGAAGAUUGGAAUAAAAUUAUGCACGAUUGUAUGAUACAACCGCCAUAUUGCACGCCUGCUGAAAACUACUGGCAAACCGAUUGUGGAAAUUUCACCGGUGCAUUGGUCUACUUUUGUACAUUUUACGUAAUCAUUACCUACAUUGUCUUAAAUCUAUUAGUGGCUAUAAUCAUGGAAAACUUCUCUUUAUUCUACUCGAAUGAAGAAGAUGCUUUACUAUCCUAUGCCGAUAUUCGCAAUUUUCAAAACACAUGGAAUAUUGUGGACAUACACCAAAGAGGCGUCAUACCUGUUCGAAGGGUAAAAUUUAUUUUGCGACUGCUUAAAGGAAGAUUGGAGGUUGAUCCCCAGAAGGACAGACUUUUAUUUAAACAUAUGUGCUAUGAAUUAGAAAGACUGCAUAAUGGAGAGGAUGUGACAUUCCACGAUGUCAUCAAUAUGUUGUCGUACCGAUCAGUGGAUAUAAGAAAAGCUUUGCAACUAGAAGAGUUGCUAGCCAGAGAAGAAUUCGAGUACAUAAUUGAAGAAGAAGUUGCUAAGCAAACCAUAAGGACAUGGUUGGAGGGCUGCCUUAAAAAAAUAAGGUCUAAAAGUAAACAACAAAACAGUUUAAUUGCCGGUUUACGAGCUACAAAUGAGGCGGUGCAGCUUCCUGUAGAAGUACCAGAGGAAAUCAAAAAUUCUAGUCCGGAAGUUGAAGCCAAAAAGGAAGUCAAAGAAGAAGAAGUGAAGAAACCGAAAACUGCAACUGUUCCAAGGUCCGACAGCUUUAGUAGUACGCCGGGUGGAAGGAAAUAUUUAGCUCCAACUUUGUCAGAUCCAUCCUCGAGAAUAGAAAAGAAAGAAGUAGCAACGAAGAAAAAAAAUGUUAGCAGUAAACCAGCAGUUCCGCCGCCAGUCAGCAAGAAUCUACCCCAUGUCAACGAAGCUGUUGAGGUAAAUAAAGUACUUAGGGACAACAUAGCAAACAGCAAAGCAAGCAUUCCGAAACUAUCCAAUACUACAAAUGAGAUCCGGGAGUGGUGGUGCGAACAACUGUCUUGCAUGUCGGAUGCUAGUGAUGAGGACGAGGUAUAAUGAUAAGUGCAUAAAUAAUCACCUUAAUAAUAUCCAUAGAAUUUCUACAUUAUUAAAAUAAUGUUGUA